CCGCCGCUCCGGGGCAUAUAAAUCUCAGAGGCAGCCUCCGAUCCAGCCGCACACAAUCCCCACACAGCAACCAAGGCAAACCAGCACGAUGCGUCGCGAGGGCCGGCAGCACGGGUGGGUGUUCACCGUCGACCCCAGCCUGGUCGACGCGGAGGGCAAGCAGUGCCGUUCCCGCGCGGUGCAGGUCGACGGCGCGGCGGCGGCCAACGGCGGGUUCGUCAGGGCGCCGCGGAAGCCCACCAACCACACCAAGCCCGCCGUCGGCCGCGCCUACAAGGCGCUGAUCGGCAAGGGAGAGGCUGGGUCCGGCAGGGGCAGGCACAAGUUCAAGCACGACGAGGCCAAGAUGUACCACCUCUACCUCGAGGGCGCCGACGACGCCUACGCGGAUGCGAUGCUGGAGUUCGACUGGUAGUCCUACUGACAUGGGUGUGUGAAUGCGGUGCUGGAUCGGAGUUCGACGGGCCUCAUUGCCAGGAAGUGCAGAGAUCGAUGUUAGGCUUCUGUGUCUCAAUCCAAAUGUGUUUUGUGAUGUGAGUCGUUGUUGCGUCAGCAGUGAAUAAAAAAAGGCAGGGAUCUGGAAUGUAUCCCAAAUUGGGAAUCAAUCUUGAUCUCCAAAGUUGAAAUUUGUAAAAGUUUUAGCCGUACGAGUUUCCGUUUUUGGGUCCUGUUGUUUUCAAAUGUAAUAGCGUUCAUGCAGUUAAAGACUGUUUACUGUUAUUUUCUGUCACAAA